CAAAAGGCUGCGGAGGAUCGGCUGCAGGGUAGAAACAGCAAAGGAUUUGUCAAUGGGAAUCACAAACAACAUUACGUCAGUUUUGCUGUCUCUGUCCAGAUACUCAAGGAAUGACCAGAUAUUUCAACUGUAACAUCAAUAUAUCUGUUGUUGAUCCUUGGAGAUGAAGAAGUAUGUCACCCCAGCUGAAAACAUGCUUUGUGUCUGAAAUGAAGUUUUCUGCUUUAACUCAGUGAAAUCCACUUGGAACCGAGGUGCUGAGAACAUACCAGCAUUUGUUCACUAGAGAUAAUUCUUUAACUACAUUGAUUGUGCAAGGGAUUCACUACAUCUAACAUCUGACUUGAUGAAUUGCUAGAAAAUUGAUAGCAGGGAGAUAUCCUGUCAAUGUGGGAAGAGAUUCAUUCACUCAGCAACCUGUGGACACACCAGUGAGUUCACAGUGGGGAGAGGCCAUUCACCUGUUCAACUCGAAUCAUUCAGCUCGAAGAUAAGUCAGCAAGUUCACAACAUAGAUGGUUCACCUGGCUGUCUGCAGGAAGCAAUUCAUUCUGUCAUCUAAGCUGAAGGUACAUAAGAAAAUUCACAGCAGUGUCAAGCUGUUCACUUGUUCUGUUUAUGGGAAGAGAUUCACUCGGUCAGCUGAUCCGCUGACACACUGGAGAGAGGCCGUACAUCUGCUCUGACUGUGGGAAGGGAUUCACUUAAUCAUCUGACCUACUGGCGCACCAGUCAGUUCACAGUGGGGAGAUGCCGUUCACCUGCUCUGAUUGUGGGAAGGGAUUCACUCAGUUAUCCCACCUACUGACACACCAGUUAGUUCACACUGGGGAGAGGCCAUUCACCUGCUUGGACUGUGGGAAGGGAUUCACUCAGUCAUCCAAUCUCCAGACACACAAGCGAGUUCACACUGGGGAGAGGCCAUUCAUCUGCUCAGACUGUGGCAAGGGAUUUACUCGGUCAUCUGAUCUACUGGCACACCAGCUAGUUCACACUGGGGAGAUGCCGUUCACCUGCUCAGACUGUGGGAAGGGGUUUCCUCGGUCCUGUCAAUUGAAGGUACAUCAGCGAGUUCACACUGGAGAGAGGCCAUUUACCUGCUCAGACUGUGGGAAGGGAUUCACUCAGUCAUCUCAACUGAAGGUACAUCAGAGAAUUCACACUGGGGAGAGGCCAUUCAUCUGCUCAGACUGUGGAAAGGGAUUCACUCGGUCAUUUCUAUUGAAGGAGCAUCAGCGAGUUCACACUGGGGAGAGGCCGUUCACCUGCUCAGACUGUGGGAAGGGAUUCACUCAGUCAUCUCAACUUAAGGUACAUCAGCGAGUUCACACUGGGGAGAAACCAUUCAUCUGCUCAGAUUGUGGGAAAGGUUUUCCUGGGUCAUCUCAACUGAAGGUUCAUCAGCGAUUUCACACUCGAGAGAGGCCGUUCAUCUGUUCUGUAUGUGGGAAUGGAUUCACUCAGUCAUCUCAACUGAAGGAACAUCAACGAAUUCACACUGGGGAGAGGCCAUUCACCUGCUCAGACUGUGGGAAGGGAUUCAGUCGGUCAUCUCAACUGAAGGAGCAUCAACGAAUUCAUACUGGGGAGAGGCCAUUUAUCUGUUCUGUGUGUGGGAAAGGAUUCACUCAGUCAUCUCAACUGAAGGUACAUCAGAGAAUUCACACUGGAGAGAGACCGUUCACCUGCUCAGAUUGUGGGAAGGAAUUUUCUCGGUCAUCUCAACUGACAGUACAUCAGCGAGUUCACACUGGGGAGAAACCGUUCACCUGCUCUGAAUGUGGGAAGGCAUUCACUCAGUCAUCCAGCCGACAUAUACACCAGCGAGUUCACACGGGAGUGAGGCCGUUCACCUGUUCUGUUUGUGGGAAGGGAUUCACUAAAUCAUCCCACCUACAGAUACACCAGUCAGUUCACACUGGAGAGAGGCCAUUCAUCUGCUCUGAAUGUGGGAAGGGAUUCACUCAGUCAUCCCACCUUGUGGCACACUAUCGAGUUCAUGCUGGGAAAAAUUUUAAAUAAGCUGCAUGCUGAAUAUUUAAUAAUCACAGUUGCUGAAUCCAGAGGCAAGUUCAAGAGUGACUGUUGGUGCCGAACUCUACAAUUAUUGCUGCAUCACACCCAUUUCUGCAACCUGGUCACUCAGCAGGGAAGGAGUUUCUUUAGCUGAUGUUCACCUUUAAUUGGACUGUAGUUUAAUAUUCCGGAUCUGAGACCAAUAAAUCAGUUCUAUUCUAAACUCUCUCUCAAGUACUUAGUGAACCCACAACACAUCCAGUGUUUAGUAGGGAGUAAACUCAGCCCAGCUGGUCCCUGCCUGUAUUUCUGUUCCAUGACAGCCCUUUUAUAUCCAUACCUGCCGUUCACCUCACUCUCCCUAUGGCUAUGGGUUUGAAACAGUCACCACUCUGAAGAUGAAGAGGUAUCCUGUGAAUUUUCUGCAUGACUUUCUGCAGAUUGAAAGAGAAAAUGAGCUGACUACAGUUAUGUCUCAUGUUCUUCAUCCCUCAAAUCUCUGGGCUGAGGAAGAAUGACAUUAGUAGUUAACCUCCUUACUCCCUGCUCAUUUCAAUGUUAUGGGUUAUUUUUACUGCUUCUAAAGGGUUUUUUAGAAUUCACCACUGCCCUUUAAAGUAUGAAAACAGAGUGGAGUACCAUUAGUUGUUUGCUCAAUGGAGUAGGGUCAGAAACCAGUGAUGGGUCAGCACAGGUCAGGGUUUGGGUCUUUUCACAGUGGUAGGGGUCAGAGGAUAUUGUUGGCCAGGAAGAACUACAAUUAGUGAACAGGAAUGGAGGUGGCCAUUUUGUGAGACGUCCUUCCUGUUGCCAUUAUGUGAAUUAUUUGAUGAACUGAUUCUUGCUCCGGGAGCAAUUGAACAUGGACACAAGAAGUUUCUGCUAAUGAUUUGCUAAACCUGAGACCAUUCUCAGAUAAGAAGCUGUUUAUUGUGUAAAAUGGCAGGUUUGUAGAAGUAAUCUUGUCAUCUGAGCCCAGUAUCUGGGUGACCUGGUUUGAAUCAGUCAGAGUCGAAUAGAAUAAAAUAUGACACCAAAGGCACAAAGUUGAAGGCGAAGACCAUAGAAGAAUACUGCCUGAAGUCCUGGGCUACAUUCAAUGGGAAUCUGACACAGGUCAGUCAGAUUACCUUGAGCCAAUGAAAUUGAAACAUUAUAGAUUGGCCUGACAAGGAAGAGUAUAAAAAUAGAUGAUUUUGGGGGUUCAAGCAGCAAUAACUCUCCGGAGACCAACCAUUGCGAAUGUGGGGGAACCCACGUUGGAUGGGUGGAGAUCACAUCAGGACCAUGAGGAACACCUGGCGGCUAGCAUAGGUGCUUUUUCCCCGAGUAUUACCUUUUUUAUUCUUUGAUUGUUCACAAAGAGUCAAGGAAACCUAGCAGGUGUGCACACAACUGGACAGUAUGUGAAUUCACAUGCUUGUUUGUUGAGACAACAAAGGUACAGUAAGUACAGAUUCUCACUGUGCCUAACUGAUCAUCAUUACUAAGGGGUAAUCCUUGCAACAGAAUUGGCAACCCUGGUGCCAUAUGGGUGAAGUUCAGCGAGAUCUGGGGCUGGGUAGUUACUACUGACACAGCAUGAAAAAUUCAGGGAAUUCUGCAAGUCCGAAGGACUUGGAUUGUUUUGAUUUGAGGGGAUUCCUCCAGAAAUAUGUAUCGAGGAAGUGGCCACAAUAUAAAGCUUUUUGCUGGUCACACUGGCAGCAAAGGAAAUACUGCUGGGGAAACUGUCAGGCAGGAAAUGUAAACCAUUCCACAAGGCAGCAGCAGUUGGCAGUUUAAUUGAGGAGUUGAUUAAUGUUGGCAGGAAGCUAAAGUACAGAAAAACUGAUUAGGAGAGGAAAUUAAAAGGCUUUGCAAGGAGGUAGUAUACCUUGAGGAAAAAGUUACUGAUAUACAGCGAAGUAUGGAUUUGAUGCAUACGAACCAGUUUCAGCUAAAAUGUAUGAAACUGGUUAAAGAAAAGAGGAAAUUAAAAGAAGAAGCCCAAGUAGCUAAGAAUGAUGUACAGGGAUUGAGGAAACAGUGCAGUGAUUUAAAGAUGGCUAUGAGUGUGAUGCAGAAAUCAGUACAUGAAAAGUAACAGAGUGCUUAAAGCAGAUAAAAAAGCUGCAGGGCCAGUUUGCUGCACAGAGGGGAAUAAUAAGUGCUUUUGGAUCUGAAAGAGGUGAGGAGAGUGAAAAUGGAGAUAUAGAUUGGAGCAGUUUCACAGAUGAUGCAGCCAGAUAUGAUUAUGAUAUGACAAAGAGCCUUCCUGCCCCCCCCCCAGGAUACCCCAUCAACGUACAAUCAAAAAGAAGCUGUCCUUCCCUCAGUGUGAUUGCUCCCCUAAUUACUAUUGGAGAGGGAGGAAACAGGGCAGAAAAUCAAAACCGGAAUAUACCAUACACUACGCCAUUUGGUGUACAGCAACUAAGGGAUCUAUCUGCCCUGGAAUGACCCUAGGGAGCUAUUCCAGGCAAUUAGUUACAAGAGAGCAAUACGCAGUCUAGAUGGUGCUACAGAAAGGAGAUUGGUUUUGUUAUAAUGUGCUUGCAUCCAAACAUACACCCAACUCUGCCAGAAGCACAGUAACGUGCUGGGGGAACGAAUGAGGAGUUAAGGAUUGCCACACUGACUGUUAUGGGUAAUAACAGCGGAGACCCAAUAGAUAAGUUAAGUAGAUGUUACCAGAAGAAGGGACAACACCCCACUGCAUCUGUAGAUGGUGUUCCGAGGGAAGAGGAAAGGGCAGGCAGAGCAGGGAUCCCCUGUGGCCAUUCCCCUCAACAACAAGUAUACCGCAUUGGAUACUGUUGGGGGGAAUGACUUACCUGGGACUAGCUGCAGUAGCCGGAUCUCUGGCACUGAGUCUGGCUCUGCAGUGCAGAAGGGAGGGGGGAAAAAGAGGAGAGCGGUAGUGAUAGGGGACUCGAUAGAGGUGCAGAUAGAAGGUUCUGUGGUCAUGACAGAGAAUCCAGGAUGGUUUGUUACCUCCCAGGUGCCAGGGUCAAGGAUGUCUCUGAUCGAUUGCAUGACAUUCUGAAGUGGGAGAGUGACCAGCCAGAUGUUGUGGUGCACAUCGGUACCAAUGACAUAGCAAGGAAGAGUGAAGAGGUCCUGGACAGUGAGUAUAGAGAGCUCGGUAGGAAGUUGAAAAGCAGGACCUCAAGAGUGGUAAUCUCAGGAUUGCUACCUGUGCUAGGUGCCAGUGAGGGUAGGAAUAGGAUGCUCUGGAGGAGGAACAAGUGGCUGAGGAACUGGUGUUGGGGGCAGGGUUUCAGAUUUCAGGACCAUUGGGACCUCUUCUGGGGCAGGUGGGACCUGUACAAGAGAGACGGGUUACACUUGAACCACAGGGGGACCAAUAUCCUUUCAGGGAGGUUUGUUCGUGCUAUUGGGGAGGCUUUAAACUAGAUUUGCAGGGGGAUGGGAACCAGAGUGCCAGAGCUGACAGUGUGGCUGGGGUGAAAAUAAAUGAUAUUGAAAGUUUAAGCAAAUCCGCUGAUAGAAAGGUUGUGAGUGGUGGUAAAAAUCUUCUGUGGUGUAUAUAUUUCAAUGCUAGGAGUAUUGCAGGGAAGGCGGAUGAGUUGAGGGCGUGGAUUGACACGUGGAAUUAUGAUGUUGUAGCAAUUAGUGAAACUUGGCUACAGGAGGGGCAGGACUGGCAGCUUAAUAUUCCAGGGUUCCGAUGUUUCAGAUGUGAUCGAGGCAGAGGAAUGAAAGGUGGGGGAGUAGCAUUGCUUGUUAGGGAAAAUAUUACAGCAGUGCUCAGGCAGGACAGAUUAGAGGGCUUGUCUACUGAGUCCUUAUGGGUGGAGCUGAGAAACAGGAAAGGUAUGGCCACAUUAGUGGGAUUGUAUUACAUACCACCCAAUAGUCAACGAGACUUGGAAGAGCAAAUCUGCAGAGAGAUAGCAGGUAACUGCAGGAAACAUAAAGUUGUGGUGGUAGGGGAUUUUAAUUUUCCAUACAUUGAUUGGGACUCCCAUACUGUUGGGGAUCUAGAUGGUUUAGAGUUUGUAAAAUGUGUUCAGGAAAGUUUUCUAAAUCAGUAUAUAGAGGGACCAACUAGAGGGGAUGCAAUAUUGGAUCUCCUGUUAGGAAACGAAUUAGGGCAAGUGACAGAAGUCUGUGUAGGGGAGCACUUUGGUUCCAGUGAUCAUAACACCAUUAGUUUCAAUUUGAUCAUGGACAAGGAUAGAUCUGGUCCUAGGGUUGAGGUUCUGAACUGGAAGAAGGCCAAAUUUGAAGAAAUGAGAAAGGAUCUAAAAAGCGUGGAUUGGGACAGGUUGUUCUCUGGCAAAGAUGUGAUUGGUAGGUGGGAAGCCUUCAAAGGGGAGAUUUUGAGAGUGCAGAAUUUGUAUGUUCCUAUCAGGAUUAAAGGCAAAUUGAACAGGAAUAAGGAACCUUGGUUCUCAAGAGAUAUUGCAACUCUGAUAAAGAAGAAGAGGGAGUUGUAUGAAAUGUAUAGGAAACGGGGUAAAUCAGGUGCUUGAGGAGUAUAAGAAGUGCAAGAAAAUACUUAAGAAAGAAAUCAGGAGGGCUAAAAGAAGACAUGAGGUUGCCUUGGCAGUCAAAGUGAAGGAUAAUCCAAAGAGCUUUUACAGGUAUAUUAAGAGCAAAAGGAUUGUAAGGGAUAAAAUUGGUCCUCUUGAAGAUCAGAGUGGUCGGCUUUGUGCGGAACCAAAGGAAAUGGGGGAGAUCUUAAAUAGGUUUUUUGCAUCUGUAUUUACUAAGGAAGCUGGCAUGAAAUCUAUGGAAUUGAGGGAAUCAAGUAGUGAGACCAUGGAAACUGUACAGAUUGAAAAGGAGGAGGUGCUUGCUGUCUUGAGGAAAAUUAAAGUGGAUAAAUCCCCGGGACCUGACAGAGUGUUCCCUCGGACCUUGAAGGAGACUAGUGUUGAAAUUGCGGGGGCCCUGGCAGAAAUAUUUAAAAUGUCGCUGUCUACGGGUGAAGUGCUGGAGGAUUGGAGAGUGGCUCAUGUUGUUCCGUUGUUUAAAAAAGGAUCGCAAAGUAAUCCGGGAAAUUAUAGGCCGGUGAGUUUAACGUCAGUAGUAGGUAAGUUACUGGAGGGAGUACUAAGAGACAGAAUCUAUAAGCAUUUGGAUAGACAGGGGCUUAUUAGGGAGAGUCAACAUGGCUUUGUGCAUGGUAGGUCAUGUUUGACCAAUCUGUUGGAGUUUUUCGAGGAGGUUAACCAGGAAGGUGGAUGAAGGGAAGGUAAUGGAUAUUGUCUACAUGGACUUCAGUAAGGCCUUUGACAAGGUCCCGCAUGGGAGGUUAGUUAGGAAAAUUCAGUCGCUAGGUAUACAUGGAGAGGUGGUAAAUUGGAUUAGACAUUGGUUCGAUGGAAGAAGCCAGAGAGUGGUGGUAGAGAAUUGCUUUUCUGAGUGGAGGCCUGUGACUAGUGGUGUGCCACAGGGAUCAGUGCUGGGUCCAUUGUUAUUUGUCAUCUAUAUCAAUGAUCUGGAUGAUAAUGUGGUAAAUUGGAUCAGCAAGUUUGCUGAUGAUACAAAGAUUGGAGGUGUAGUAGUGAGGAAGGUUUUCAGAGCCUGCAGAGGGACUUGGACCAGCUGGAAAAAUGGGCUGAAAAAUGGCAGAUGGAGUUUAAUACUGACAAGUGUGAGGUAUUGCACGUUGGAAGGACAAACCAAGGUAGAACAUACAGGGUUAAUGGUAAGGCACUGAGGAGUGCAGUGGAACAGAGGGAUCUGGGAAUACAGAUACAAAAUUCCCUAAAAGUGUCAUCACAGGUAGAUAGGGUCGUAAAGAGAGGUUUUGGUACAUUGGCCUUUAUUAAUCGAAGUAUUGAGUAUAAGAGCUGGAACGUUAUGAUGAGGUUGUAUAAGGCAUUGGUGAGGCUGAAUCUGGAGUAUUGUGUUCAGUUUUGGUCACCAAAUUACAGGAAGGAUAUAAAUAAGGUUGAAAGAGUGCAGAGAAGGUUUACAAGGAUGUUGCCGGGACUUGAGAAACUCAGUUAUAGAGAAAGGUUGAAUAGGUUAGGGUUUUAUUCCCUGGAGCGUAGAAGAAUGAGGGGAGAUUUGAUAGAGGUAUAUAAAAUUAUGAUGGGUAUAGAUAGAGUGAAUGCAAGCAGGCUUUUUCCACUGAGGCAAGGGGAGAAAAAAACCAGAGGACAUGGGUUAAGGGUGAGGGGGGAAAAGUUUAAAGGGAACAUUAGUGGGGGCUUCUUCACACAGAGAGUGGUGGGAGUAUGGAAUGAGCUGCCAGACGAGGUGGUAAAUGCGGGUUCUUUUUUAACGUUUAAGAAUAAAUUGGACAUGGAUGGGAGGUGUAUGGAGGGAUAUGGUCUGUGUGCAGGUCAGUGGGACUAGGCAGAAAAUGGUUCGGCACAGCCAAGAAGGGCCAAAGGGCCUGUUUCCGUGCUGUAGUUUCUAUGGUUUCUAUGAGUGUAAGGUUUAACAUUAGAUUGGGAUCAUUUUGAACUAGAACCAAUAUCUUGGAACUGUUUGAUACCAGAAACCCUACACAUACUGAAGAAUGGGCACUUAGGAAAAUUAUUAGAGCAUGGGAGAAGGAAGUGCACGAGUUAGAUUGUAACUUUAGGAAUACUUCAGCUAAAGUGUUUCUCCUUUAAGGAAAUAGAGGGGACAUUGUGUGGAGAAAUGCAGGUCAGGAUAGACUGCAGAGAGAUUGCAGAAGAUAAGUAGCUCAGAGCUGGAGUGCACCUUCAUCCAAUCAGGAAAACUGUUGUGGAGGGCAAACAUCCCAGCUCAAUGCUCAAAUCUGCUGUUUCAGCUGUGGUCACGUGAGUUCAUUAUACCCAGAACAGGACAGCAAACAGUUCAUUUAGUCUGAAUCCUAACAGAGAUCAGGGAUAAGGGUUACAAAAAGGUCAGAAUAUGUUGGAAUUUUGGUUAAUGUGGAGAUGUCAUGCUUUAAACUUGUUGAAUGUAUACUUGUGCAUGAUGAAUAACUUGCAGUAUUUCUUUGUUUUAAAGUCUGAAGGUAACACAUUUCUUCAGUUGUGUUUGUAACCAUGUUUUGUAGCAAGGGAUUUUCUGAAAUGGUUUAAAGUGUGAAUGGUGUGUUUCAAAUGUGAAGUGUGGCCAUGUGACAUGACUUCACUUGAGAGAGAGAAUGAAUGUGUGUGUGCAAAAGGUGUUAUAUGUUUGGCCGAUCAGUAUUGGGAGGAAGUUUGAAUUAAUCCUCUGCUUCAGAGGAUAGCGCGCAUUAGGGUUAGGGUUUAGUUGAAAUAUUUUGCUGUUCGGAAAUUAAUUUGAAGGAGCUCUUGUCUGUUAAGCAGUUGUGUGACUGCCUCGUGGGACCCCACACAGCAGUUUCCUUUCUUUUGUUCUUUGAAAAAUGUCUUAAAGUUUUUCAUGGUGGGCAUUAACUGUUAAUUCUAAGUUUUGCAGUUGAAGGAUGAAGAGUUUUUGUGGAUUUUUGUUUGAAAUAAUGAGUUUUUGGUUUUCGUUUCUUUAUUCCUUUUCCAUGGAAUUGGGUUUAGAGAGGCCAGAUUUCACAUUAGCCAUGUGGAAUCCAGGUUUAGGUGAUGGAAAUUUGCAACUCUAUUCCGGAUACGAGAGGACCACAUUUUAGAGGGAAAUGGGCGUUUGAGGAAAUUGCUUAUUGCUGGACAGUUAAACUGGGAAUUUGAAAUUAACAUUUGGAAGAUUGGAAGCAGGAAUUUGAAAUUAACAUUUGGAAGAUUGGAAGUGGGAAUUUGAAAUUAACAUUUGGAAGAUUAGAAUGUAUGGGGAGCAAUCCUAAAAGUUGUUUUUACUGAUAUAAAAGAUGUUUCCCAAGACUUUAGACAUAUUGACUUUGAGUUUGAAAUUUUGAAAAAUAUUUUGAUGCAAUCAUAGUGUUUAUCAUGUAAAUUACAAAUGAAAGUUUAAUUUAAAUAUUGGGCUGGUGAAAAAAGCAGUUAGGCAUUAAUUCCCUCACCAUCUUAAAGCUCACAUCUUAUCCAGCUGCUGCUGAAUAGUCAGUCAGCCCUGACAUUGCAGUGUUAAGAUGUAGUUGUAAAGGGUAUUAAAGUUUCAACCUUGAACUGCAUGGGUGUCAGGAUAUGAUAGUAAAUGAUCCUGAGAGAGUACUUGUGUCGAAACAAAAAGGGGGAACAUAGAAUAGUACAGCACAGUACAGGCCCUUCGGCCCACAAUGUUGUGCCGACCCUCAAACCCUGCCUCCCAUAUAAGCCCCCACCUUAAUUUCCUCCAUAUACCUGUCUAGUAGUCUCUUAAAUUUCACUAGUGUAUCUGACUCAGGCAGUGCGUUCCACGCACCAACCACUCUCUGAGUAAAAAAACUUCCUCUAAUAUCCCCCUUGAACUUCCCACCCCUUACCUUAAAGCCAUGUCCUUUUGUAUUGAGCAGUGGAAGGAGAUCAGAUAAACCAAGAACAAAGACACAAAGGAAAAACUUUUUUUCUUUGUAGAUUGUUUCUCACCUGUACAGGAUGGUGAGAGGAAGACCGACUGUGGGAAAUAUGUGAGGGUAAAAGAACACAAAGUCAUAAAAAUUAAAGCUCACUCAAAGUUAUCCCAAGGGGGAGUAAUGAGGCUAAUGAGUUUGCAAAACAAGGUGUUGCAAACAGACAUCGCAGUUGCAGAUUAGCCGAAUUGAGAGGCAAAAAGAGCAACAUAGUAAGAUUAUGGCUUUAAGAUGAGAAAAAUAAAAACAGAUGUACAAUAACUUCUAGAAGAGGCAGGAAUAUACAAAAAGCAUAGGGAAAUGCUUACUAAAGGCUGAGAGGUCUUAUGUGAAAUUUGUGGUUCUGGAGGGGGAAUGAAACCAAAUGACCCACUGAUGCCAUAAACUAUGGGGUUAUCAGGGUGUUGAAAGUGCUCUGGAAAGAAUAGAAGUGUAAACCUUUAAACACAAGAUGAAGGGGAAAACGUAUUUUGUUGUAAUGUAAUUAAUAAUGAUUGGGGCCAUGUUUGGUCUUGCUCCAGAAUCAUUAGAGCGGACAAAUGUGUCAACAGUAAUGUUGCUACUUGGAAAACAUUUGGUGAUCAAAAACAACUUUUCACAGUGAAUUUGGGCUAAUAAAGGAGUAAUAGUGAUUUAAAUUUGUAUUAUGCUGUUCUGAAAUGCAUGGACAAAGUCUUAGAUACCCAAAGGGUAUGGAUGUACAGUUUUUAUACAAAAUUCUCCAGGUGACAUUAUCAAGUAUCCCAGAGGGAACGAUUAUGAGUCAGCUUUUAGGUCCAAUUGUUGAACAGCCUUUAGGUAAUGAUGGCUGCAGUAUGGUUACAGUUCUGUGGGAUAUGUCUGGGGCAUUGAUUCACACAAGAUAGAUCUAUUGAGGUGGGAAGAACCAAGUAUUUUCCAUAGGAUGCUUCAAUCAUUAUUAACUGCAGCAGAAGACAUUGUGCAGGGAGGUUGGUAGAGUAAAAAGGGUUCACAGUGUGGGCAAAUAUCAUGAGAAGGCUUCAAUAUCCUUAAGUAACCCACCAACACAUGCUAUUGUUAUGAAUGGUACUGGGAAAGGGAUGGAUUCAUCAAGAUGCCUUCAAAGAGGAGACUAUUGAGCUUGCCCAGAAGAAAUGACAAGACAGAAAUUUACAAACUGUGGUUUCAGUACUUAUGAAAAUUGUUCGUUGUCGACUUUUUCCUGUGAAUAAUCAGUCUGCCUUGCAAUAUACAUUGGUAUAACAGACUUAUGACAACUGCAGCUGCUAGUUAUACUAAGGGAUGGAAACAGUGCCCUUUGGAAAGUCACAAUAUCGCAAUUGGGGAUAUGACAUUAGAACUGGUUAUUGGAAGAUGAACUUUCCCUCAGCCAGCACUAAACAUGGUAAUGAAGCAGAACUCCCAAUCCAAUGCACUGAUACGGAUCAAUACUUGUAGGACUGUUGUUACAGAGUUGCUGCCAAUUCCUCAUUUGACUGCAGAAUGGACAUGUGUUGUGGAGGAGGCAAAGGAGAUGUAAUCCAUCAAUGGUCUAAACACAGUAAAGGAGUUAAGACAUGCUGAUAAUUCAAAUGAAGUAUUGCGUGAUUCAGACUUUUAGAGUAAGUUUUGGAACUGGGAAUCCAAUGUUCAAAUAUAUCCGUGGUGGGAAGAGUAAUGCAUGCUACUGUAAUAGUACUUUUAUGUAUAUUAAUUAUUAUGCUUAAUGUAUAUCAACUUAGAAGGUAGAAGGCUGAAAUUACACAAAAAUAGACAGUGAUGGUCUUAUAAAACAGAAGAAACAAUCACUGGUAUAAAAUGUGUGUAAGAAUUAAGUAAAUAUUACUUUUGCAUUUAUAUAUUGUGAGUGUUGCACACCUACAGGUGGUCCAUAUGAGCCAACAGAAUGAAAGGACAAUGAUGAUCCUAAAAUAGUUAUCUUUGGAUCAAGUGGAAGAUGUUGGCCAGAGAUAACUACAAUCAGUGAAUAGGAAUGAAGGUGGUCAUUUUGUGAGACUGAUCUUGCAACUGCCAUUUGUGAACUGAUUCAUGCCCUGGGAUAACUUAAUCAGAGCAAUUGAACAUGGAGCCUAGGAGUUUCUGCUAAUGAUCUGCUAAACCUAAGACCAUUUUCAGAUAAGACCAUAAGAUAUAGGAGCAGAAAUAGGUCAUCUGGCCCAUUGAUUCUAACUGAAAUUUCAUUAUGACUGAUCCAUUUCCCUCUCAGCCCCAAUCUCCUGCCUUCUCCCUGUAUCCCUCCAUGCCCUGACUAUCAUAAGAACAUAAGAAAUAGGAGCAGGAGUAGGCCAUCCGGCCCAUCCAGCCUGCCCCGCCAUUCAGUAAGAUCAUGGCUGAUAUGUCCAUAAACUCAGCUCCAUCUACCUGCCUUUUCCCCAUAACCCUUAAUUCCCCUACUAUGUAAAAAUCUAUCUAACUGUAUCUUAAAUAUAUUUUGCUUCCCUGGACAGAGAAUUCCACAGAUUCACCACUCUCUGGGAAAAACAGUUUCUCCUCAUCUCCGUCCUAAAUCUUCUGCCCUGAAUCUUGAGGCAAUGUCCCCUAGUUCUAGUCUCAUCUACCAAUGGAAACAGCUUUCCUACUUCUAUCUAAUCUAUCCUUUUCAAAAUUUUGUUUCUAUAAGAUCCCCUCUCAUUCUUCUGAAUUCCAGAGAGUAUAGUCCCAGACGACUCAAUCUCUCCUGAUAGGUUAACCCCUUCAUCUCUGGAAUCAACCUGGUGAACCUCCUCUGCACUGCCUCCAAAGCCAGUAUAUCCUUCCUCAAGUAUGGAGACCAGAACUGCACACAGUACUCCAGCUGCGGUCUCAUCAGUACCCUGUAUAGUUGCAGCAUGACCUUCCUAGUCUUGAAUUCAAUCCCUCUAGCAAUGAAGGCCAACAUUUUGUUUGCUUUCUUAAUAACCUGUUGUACCUGCAAGCCAACCUUUUGCGAUUCUUGCACAAGGACUCCUAAGCCCCUCUGCACAAUAGCAUGCUGCAAUCUUUCACCAUUUAAAUAAUAAUCUGCUCUUCUAUUAUUCCUUCCAAAGUGGAUGAUCUCACAUUUACCAACGUUGUAUUCCAUCUGCCAGACCUUGGCCCACUCACUUAACCUAUAUAUAUCCCUCUGCAGACUCUCCAUAUUCUCUGUACAAUUUGCUUUUCCACCCAGUUUAGUGUCAUCAGCAAAUUUUGCUGCGCUACUCUCAGUCCCCUCUUCCAAAUCAUCAAUGUAAAUGGUAAACAGCUGUGGGCCCAGCACUGACCCCUGCGGCACCUCACUCACCACUGACUGCCAACCAGAGAAACACCCAUUUAUACCAACUCUCUGCCUUCUAUUGGUUAACCAAUCCACUAUCCAUGCCUUACACUUCCUCCGACUCAAUGCAUCUGUAUCUUACUUACAUAACUCUCUUGUGUGGCACCUUAUUGAAUGCCUUCUGGAAAUCCAAGUACAGUAUACAACUUCCACCUGUUCCCCUCUAUCCACUGCACUCAACAAUUUAUCAACCUCUGCCUUAAAUAUAAACAAACAUUUGGCCUCCACAGCUGCCUGUAGCAAUGAAUUCUAUAUUUACACCACUCUCUGACUAAAGAAAUUCUGCCUCAUCUCCAUUCUAAAAGUACAUCCCUUUAUUCUGAGGCUGUGUCCUCUGGUCUUAGACUCCCCCACUAUAGGAAACACACAUCCACUCUAUUAAGGCCUUUUAACAUUCGAUAGGUUUAAAUGAGAUUUGCCUCAUUCUUCUGAAUUCCAGUGAAUUGUAAUGAUUUGAUUUCAUUUUUUUUUUACCAAUAUAGCCCAUUCUACCAGCCCGCCUUUCCUUCUGAUACAAUGUGUAUCCCGGAAGACUGGAAGAUUGCAAAUGUCACUCCACUCUUUAAGAAGGGAGGAAGGCAAAAGAAAUUAUAGGCCAGUUAGUUUGACCUUAGUGGUUGGGAAAGUGUUGGAAUCUAUUAUUAAGGAUGAGGGUUUUGAGAUAUUUGGAGACUAAUGAUUAGUCAAAGUCAGCAUGGUUUCUGUAAAGGGAAAUCUUGCCUGAUAAAUCUUAGAAUUUUUGAGGAAGUAACAAGCAGGUGGACAAAGUUGAGGCAGUGGAUGUCAUUUACUUGGAUUUUCAUAAGGCAUUUGCUAAGGUGCCACACAAGAGGCUGCUUAACAACAUAAAAUCCUAUGGCACUACAGGAAAUAUACUGGCAUGGAUAGUGGAAUGGUUGACAGGCGGGAGGCAACGAGUGGGAAUAAAAAGGACCUUUACUGGUUGGCUGCCGGUGACUAGUGGUGUUCCUCAAGGGUCAGUAUUGGGACUGCUGCUUUUCACAUUGUCAGUGAUUUAGACAAUGGAAUCAAUGGCUUUGUGGCAAAGUUUGCAGAUACGUGGAGGGGUAGUUAGUGCUGAGGAAGUAAUGCAAUUACAGCAGGACUUAGGCAAAUUGGAAGAAUGGGUAAGAAAGUGGCAGAUGGAAUUAGUGUUGGGAAAUGUAUGAUAAUGCAUUUUGGUAAAAGGAACAAUAGUGUGGACUAUUAUCUAAAUGGGGAGAAGAUUCAAACAUCAGGGGUGCAGAGGGAUUUAGGAGUCCACAAGAAGUUUAAUUUACAGGUUGAGUCUGUGGGAAAGAAGGCAAAUGCAAUGUUGGCAUUUAUUACGAGGGGAAUAGAAUAUAAAAGCAAGGAGAUAAUGCUGAGCCUUUAUAAGACAUGAGUCAGGCUGCACUUCGAGUACUGUCAACAGAUUUGGGCCCCAUAUCUCAGAAGGGAUGUGGUAUCAUUGGAGAGUCCAGAGAAGGUUCACGAAAGGAUGAUUCUAGGAAUGAAGGGGUUAACAUAUGAGGAGCCUUGGCAGCUUUCGGCCUGUACUCACUGGAAUUUAGAAGAAUGUGGGAGGAUCCCAUUGAAACAUGCUGAAUCUUAAAAGGACUAGUUAGAGUGGAUGUGGAGAGGAUGUUUUCUGUGGUGGGAGUAUCCAGAACUAGAGGGCACAGCCUCAAAAUUGAGGAGCAACCCUUUAGAACAGAGGUAAGGAGGAAUUAUUUUUAGCUAGACAGUAGUAAAUCCAUGUAAUGCUGUGCUACAGUCUGCAGUGGAGGCCACGUCCAUGCAUAUAUUUAAGGCAGAAGUUGAUCCUUUCCUGAUCAUUUAGGGCAUCAGCGGAUGUGUGAGAAGGCAUGUGUGUGGGGUUGAAUGGGAUCUGGGAUCAGCCAUGACGAAUGGCAAAGCAGACUGGGUGGGCUGAAUGGCCUAAUUCUGCUCCUGUGUCUCAUGUUAGUCUCCUAGCUAUAUACUUCUUUCAGCCAUGAUUCAAUGAUGUCCACAACAUUAUGCAUUCAAAUCUGUAACUCUGCUGCUAGUUCAUCUACCUUAUUCCAUAUACUGCGUGAAGUGUAACACCUUCAGUCCUCUAUAAUCACCCUUUUUGAUUUUGACCCCCUUUUACAUUGCUACUCAUCCCAUUGUCUCCAAUUUUGCCCAAUCAUCAGCCUCUCUUUGCAAGAAUUCUCAUUACACUCUGCCUCUGUUUUUAAACCAACUACCCCAUCCUCAGCUCAAUCACUCUGGUUCCAAGCCCCCUGCCAAAUCAGCUUAAACCCUCCUGAACAGAUCUAGGAAACCUGCCUACAAGGAUAUUAGUCCCCCAAGGGUUCAGCUGUAACCCAUCCCUUUUGUACAAGUCACGCCUUCCCCAGAAGAAAACCCAAUGAUCCAGAAAUUGGACCCCCUGCCCCAUUUACCAGUUCUUCAACCAUGCAGUCAUCUUCGUCUCUAUUCCACCUGGACUACGGUAUUAAUGGAUUUGUGGCUGAAUUUGCUGAUGAUACAAAGAUAGGUGGAGGAGCGGGUAGUGUUGAGGAAACAGACAGCCUGCAGAGAGACUUAGAUAGUUUAGGGGAAUGGGCAAAGAAGUGACAAUUGAAAUACAAUAUUGUAAUGUGUGUGGUCAUGCACUUUGGUGGAAGAAAUAAAUGGGCAGAUUAUUAUUUAGAUGGGGAGGGAAUUCAAAAUGCAGAGAUGCAAAGGGACUUGGGAGUUCUUGUGUCAUUGUUAUAGUCAUACUUUAUUGAUCCCGGGGGAAUUUGGUUUUCGUUACAGUUGCACCAUAACUAAUUAAAUAGUAAUAAAACCAUAAAUAGUUAAAUAGUAAUAAUGUAAAUUAUGCCAGGAAAUAAGUCCAGGACCAGCCUAUUGGCUCAGGGUGUCUGACCCUCCAAGGGAGGAGUUGUAAGGUUUGAUGACCACAGGCAGGAAUGACUUACUAUGCCACUCUGUGUUGCAUCGCGGUGGAAUGAGUCUCUGGCUGAAUGUACUCCUGUGCCCACCCAGUAUAUUAUGUAGAGGAUGGGAGACAUUGUCCAAGAUGGCAAGUGUGCAGGAUACCCUAAAGGAUAACCUCCAGGUUGAGUUGGUUGUGAAGAAGGCGAAUGCAGUGUUGGGAUUCAUUUCUAGAGGUUUGUAAUAUAAGAGCAGAGAUGUGAUGUUGAGGCUCUAUAAGACACUCGUGAGACCACACUUGGAGUAUUGUGUGCAGUUUUGGGCUUAUUUUAGAAAAUAUACUGGUUAUAAUGACAUUUGAGAGGGUUCAGAGAAGAUUCACAAGAAUGAUUCCAGGAAUGAAAGGGUUACCAUAUGAGGAAUGUCUAGCAGCUCUUGGGCUUUAUUCCCUGGAGAAUGGCGGGGGGAUCUCAUAGAAACAUUCCGAAUGUUAAAAGCCCUGCACAGAUUAGAUAUGGCAAAGUUAUUUCCCAUGGUAGGGGAGUCUAGGACAAGAGAGCACGAUUUCAGGAUUGAAGGACAUCCAUUUAGAACUGAGAAGCGGAGAAAUUACUUUAGUCAGAGGGUGGUAAAUCUGUGGAAUUUGUUGUCACGAGCAGCUGUGGAGGCCAAGUUAUUGGGUGUAUUUAAGGCAGAGAUAGAUAGGUUCUUGAUUAGCCAGGGCAUCAGAGGUUAUGGGGAGAAGGCGGGAGUGGGGAUGACUGGAGAACUGGAUCAGCCCAUGAUUGAAUUGCAGAGCAGACUCGAUGGACCGAAUGGCCUACUUCUGCUCCUAUAUCUUAUGGUCUGUUUAUUGUGAUAAGCAGCUUUUAAUUAAUAACACAGUUGCUGAUGUAAUCUCAUUAUCUUGGCCCAAUGUCCGGGGGACCCAAUUUGACUCGUUUGAAGCAAUAAGAGUUGAAUAGAACAAAAGAAAUCAUAAAAGGCAUGAAGUUGAAGGUAAAGGCCAAUACUGCUUGUAGCGCUGGGCUACAGUGAAUGGGAAUCUGACACAGGUCAGAUGACCUCGAGCCAACUAAAUUGAAACAUCACAGAUUGACCUGAUAAGGAAAAGUAUAAAAAUAGUUAAUCUUGGGGGUUCAAGCAGUGACAAUUCCCUAGAGACCAACCAUUGCAAAUGUGGAGGACCCCACAUCGGGCACAUAGAGAAUAGAUCAAGACCACAAGGAAAGCUUGCUUGGCCAGUGUAUUACCUUUUCUGUUCAUGGAGGGUCAUGGAAACCUAGUAGGUGUGCACACAGUUUGUGAAUUCGUGUGUUUGUUGGUUGAGACAAUAAAGGUACUUGUCAAUACAGAUUCAAUCUGUGCCUAACUAAUCAUUAUUACUAAGAGGUAAUCCUUACAAUCAGAUCUUUGGGUACAGAGCUCAGAAAAAGCGACGCAAUGGACUUUUAACAUUGUAAACCAGCGAGUUCUUUGUUAUGUCUCCCUUCUUGCUGUGAAAUGGUGACAUCUCUUUCUCCCUUAUUAGGGAGAGAGAACCUGUGGUAUGUCGAAUACUGGGUAACUGCAAGUCUGUGUCUUUGCUGUUGCUUUGCUCACGCUUGAGUGCUCAGUGGCAGGUGCCAAUGCUUUUUUUUGCCAGUGGGGGGAAGGGGAAUCGUGCUUAUUGCCGCUUACGUGCAGGAGGGAGAGGAGCUGGGGGGUGGACUUUGGGGUUCUAAUAUUUAACUGUCAUUUAUUAUUUGGGGGCACUCCUCUGUUUUUGUGGAUGGUUGCAAAGAGAAAGCAUUUCAGGAUGUAUAUUGUAUACAUUUCACUGAUAUUAAAUGUACCUUUGAACAAUAUAAUGAGGAUCAGGGACUAUGGCUACUAAUGACGGAGUAGCAACAUUUGGAAGUUGAUUGACAGAAAACAAUAAGGUUGACUGUUGACACAUACCAUGCCUAUUGACAUUGAGUAUAUUGUUUGUGGGAACUUGCUGUGUUAAACUGGCUAUUGACUGGAUUGGUGUCAUUUGGGAGAGGGGAGGUAAUGCUUGUAAAUGCUUUCAAUGGCAUAUUCUUACCCAGAAAUCUCUGAUCUUAACAAUGUACUAUCACUAUGAAUUGAGUGUGCAGGUGCUGAGAGUCUAAGCUUUUGAUGAAAGGUGCACAUACAUUCAGUAGACAAAGUGCUCUGUCAUUGGGCGCGCUGGACCUCCUAGGCACAGCUGAGAUCUUGUGAUCUACUUCUAAGAAUUUGGGACUUGGACAAAAAAUAUAUUUGAGUUUUUCCUCUCAUGAGAAACUUAUAACUUAUCUUUCAGAUAAGAAGAUAAGUGAUUUUCUACCAAUUGAAGAGGAACAUUGAGAUCAUGUCUGAUGUCCAGAACCAGAUGAUGUCCAUACCUCGGUAGAUAAUGGGAAUAGUUGAAACUGAGAGCUUUAGCUCGGUGGUUACUUUGAAUGUAUUUUAAAUUCCUUCAACGCGAGUUCAUAGCUCACCAACGAUGGGCACCGAUUGACGUUUUUUUGGGCUUUUUCGGUGGCUCAGACACAUCAGCUACAGGCAGGUAGUCAACCCGGAGCCACAGGACACAGAUAAGUGGGUGACCGUCAGGAGAGGGAAGGGAUGGCACCAGGUAGUGGAGAGCAUCCCUGUGGCUGUCCCCCCUUAACAGUAAGUACUCCAUUUUGAUUUCUGUUGGGGGGAAUGACCUAUCUGGGGGAAGCAACAGUGGCUGUGCCUCUGGCACUGAGUCUGGCCCUGUGUCUCAGAAGCGUAGGGAAUGGAAGAGGAGGGCAGUGGCAAUAGGGGACCCUAUAAUUAGGGGGACAUAUAGGCGAUUCUGUAGACGCGAAAAAGAAAUAAAGAUGGUAGUUUGCCUCCCAGGUGCCAGGGUUUGUGAUGUUUCUGAGUGCAUCUACAAUAUCCUGAAAUGGGAGGGGGAGCAGCCAGAGGUUGUGGUACAUAUUGGUACCAAUGACAUAGGUAGAAAAAGUGAAGUCCCAAAAGCAGAAUACAGGGAGUUAGGAAGGAAACUGAGAAGCAGGACCAUAAAGGUAGUAAUCUCAGUAUUGCUGACUGUGCCACGUGACAGUGAGUAUAGGAAUAGAAUGAGGUGGAGGAUUAAUGCAUGGCUGAAGGAUUGAAGCAGGGAGCAGGGUUUCAAAUUUUUGGAUCAUCAUCCUCUUCUAGGGCAAGUGUGACCUCUACAAAAAGGACGGAUUGCACUUGAAUCCGCGGGAGAUCAAUAUCCUGGCGGGGAGGUUUGCUAAUGCUAUUGGGGAGGGUUUAAACUAGGUCUGCAGGGGAGUAGGAACCAAAGUGAUGAGGUAGAGGAUGGGAGGUUGGAGCACAAGUACAGACAGCUUGUAGGGCGUUUGUGAGAAAGGACAGGCAGAUGUUAGAGCAAAGAUGCACUCAGUCUGAUGGUUUGAGAUGUGUCUAUUUUAAUGCAAGGAGUAUCAUAAACAAGGCAGAUGAACUUAGAGUGUGGAUCAAUAUGUGGAACUAUGAUGUUGUGGCCAUUACAAAGACCUGGAUAUCUCGGGGCAGGAAUGGCUGCUGAGUGUGCCACGCUUUAGAUGUUUCAAAAAGAACAGAGAGAGAGGCAAAAGAGCUGGGGGCACGGCAUUGCUAAUUAGGGAUAGUGUCACGGCUGCAGAAAAUGAGGAAGUCAUGGAGGGAUGAUCUACUGAGUCAGUGUGGGUGGAAGUCAGAAACAGGAAAGGGACAAUAACUCUACUGGGUGCUUUUUAUAGACUCCCCAAUAGUAACAGGGAUAUCAGGGAGCAGAUAGGGAGGCAGAUUCUGAAAUGGUGCAAGAAUAAUAGGGUUGUUGUGAUGGGAGAUUUUAAGUUUCCUAAUGUUGAUUGGCAUCUCUUUAGCACAAAGGGUUUAGAUGGGGUGGAGUUUGUUAGAUGUGUUCAGGAAGGUUUCCUGACGCAAAAUGUAGAUAAGCCAACUAGAGGAGAGGCUGUACUUGAUCUAGUAUUGGGAAAUGAACCUGGCAGGUGUCAGAUCUCUCGGUGAGACAGCAUUUUGGCAGUAGUGACCACAACUCUAUCUCCUUUACCAUAGCGCUGGAAGGGGAUUGGAGCAGACAAUUUUGGAAAACAUUUAAUUGGGAUGGGGGAAAUAUACUAUUAGGCAGGAACUUGGGGACAUAAAUUGGGAACAAAUGUUCUCAGGGAAAUGCACGGCAGAAAUGUUGCAAAUAUUUAGGGAACACUUGUAUGGAGUCCUGCAGAGGUAUGUUCCAUUGAGGCAGGGAAAGGAUGGUAGGGUUAAAGAACCAUGGCGUACAAAGAAAAUCUAGUUAAAAAGAAAAGCUUACGAAAGGUUCAAGAAAUUAGGUACUGUUAGAGCUCUAGAAAAUUACAAGGUUGCUAGGAAGGAGCUUAGAAUGGAAUUGGGAGAGCCAGAAAGGGCCAUGAGAAGGCCUUGGUGAGCAGGAUUAAGGAAAACCCCAAGGCAUUCUACAAGUAUGUGAAGAGCAAGAGGAUGAGACGUGCACGAAUAGGACCAAUCAAGUGUGUUGGUGGAAAAGUGUGUAUGGUGUUCAAGGAGGUAGUGGAGGUACUUAAUGAAUACUUUGCUUCAGUAUUCACUAUGGAAAAAGACCUUGGCAAUUGUGGGAAUAACUUACAGAAGACUGAAAUGCUUGAGCAUAUAGACAUUAAGAAAGAGGAUAUGCUGCAGCUUUUGAAAAGCAUUUAGUUAGAAACUCACUGGGACUGGAUUAGAUAUACCCCAGGCCACUGUGGGAAGUGAGGGACGAGAUUGCUGAGCCUCUGGCAAUCAUCUUUGUGUCACCAAUAGGCACGGGAGAGGUUCCGGAGAAUUGGAGGGUUGCAAAUGUUGUUCCCUUGUUCAAGACAGGGAGUAGAGAUAACCCAGGAAAUUAUAGACCAGUGAGUCUUACAUCAGUAAUGGGCAAGUUGUUGGAGAAGAUCCUGUGAGAGGUAGGAUUUAAGAGCACUUGGAGAAACAUAAUCUGGUUAGGGAUAGUCAGCAUGGCUUGUCAAGGGCAGGUCAUGCCUUACGAACCUGACUGAAUUCUUUGAAGAUAUAACAAAAGACAUUGAUGAAGGUACAGCAGUGGAUGUAGGGUAUAUGGAUUUCAGUAUGACACUUUAUAGGGUUCCCUAUGCAAGGCUCAUUCAGAAAGUAAUGAGGCCUGGGAUCCAAGGAGACCUUGCUUUGUGGAUCCAGAAUUGGAUUGCUCACAGAAGGCAAAGGGUGGUUGUAGAUGGUUCGUAUUCUGCAUGGAGGAUGGUGUCCAGUGGUAUUCCGCAGGGAUAUAUUCUGGGACCCCUCCUCUUUAUGAAUUUUUUAUAAAUGACCUGGAUGAGAAAAUAGAAGGGUGGGUUAGUAAGUCUGCUGAUGACACAAAGGUUGGGGGUGUUGUGGAUAGUCUGGAAGAUUGUCAGAGGUUACAGUGGGACAUUGAUAGGAUAGAGGACAGAUGGAGUUCAACCCCGAUACGUGUGAAGUGGUUCAUUUCAGUAGGUCUAAUUUGAAGACAGAAUAUAAUAUUAAUGGUAAGACUCUUGGCAGUGUGGAGGAUCAGAGGGAUUUUGGGGUCCGUGUCCAUAGGACACUCAAAGCUGCUGCACAGGUUGACAGUUUUGUUAAGAAGUCAUAUGGUGUGAUGGCCUUCAUCAACCAUGGGACUGAGUUCAAGAGCUGUGAGAUAAUCCUACACCUAUACAAGACCUUGGUUAGAUCCCACUUGUGUUCAGUUCUGGUCACCUCACUACAGGAAGGAUGUGGAUACUGUAGAGAGAGCACAAAGGAGAUUUACAAGGAUUUUUCCUGGAUUUAGAGGUAACUUACCUCACCUCGACCCAUUAUUGCCUAAGCCCUGUUAAGCCAAACCCCUCCUACUCUGUCUCCCUCUACUCCAACGUCCACUCUAUAAAGCUGUCUCCUUUUAAACUCUUCCCACUGGUCUAACUCAUGUCCACACACUUGUGCAGUCGUGCCUCAAUCAAACCCUAGCAGGAUCAAUAGGCUCCAGGACAGGUUUUUCCACCAGGCCAUCAGACUGAUUAACUCACGCUGACAAAAUUAUAUUUAUAAGCUAUAUUGACUGUCCUGAUGUAUAUCUUACUGUACAUACUAUUUAUUACAAAUUACUAUAAAUUGCACGUUGCACAUUUAGACAAAAACGUAAUGUGAAGAUUUUUACUCCUCAUGUAUGUGAAGGACGUAAGAAAUGAAGUCCACUGAGCUGGAGGAGAGAUAACAGUGUGCCGCGCAUGCGCAGCCCUCCGGUGAAAAUGAUCUGUUAAAUAGGGGCCAUGGACAAUUCUGAUUUGAUGGAGACAGACGUGAAAGUACAGAGAAACAUCUGGAGAAAUAUCUGAAAUGCAAGUUCGCUGCUGUUGUUAAUCCGCGAUCGAGAAUCUUCCGGAGGGAAGGCCCCAAAAUCCCCGGCUUUGCCUGCUGCUGGCGACUGAGAUUGAGGUCGAAUGGUUCAGAUAGAGGUGGUGCUCAGUACUUGGUGUUGGAGAGCUGAUUGGAGGCUCGAAGUUUUCGGACGACUCAGAGUCGGACUGUGGUCAGGCAUGGCAGGGAGAGUUUUUCUUCCUUCUCCCGUCUGCGUGAGAUGUGGGACAUUUGAGAGACUUUGAACUUUUUACUGUGCUCAUGGACUGUUCUUCAUCAAGUUAUGGUAUUGUUGCACUGUUGUAACUAUGUGUUAUAAUUAUGUAGUUUUGUUAGCUUUUUCAGUCUUGGUCUGUCCUGUGUUUUGUGAUAUCAUACUGGAGGAAAUAUUGUAUCAUUUCUUAAUGCAUGCAUUACUAA